AUGAAAGAAUUUACAAUCAAAAUUAUUUAAUUGUAAUCUCUGAUUUCUCAGAUAAUAUCUGCAAAAGUCGAAAAAAAGUUUUCAAAUAAGGAACAGUUUACAGGGAUUUCUAAUUGCUUGUUGGUAUUGAAGAGUUUUAAAGAAUUUUAAGCAUCAUAUCAACUAAUUAAACUGUCAAAAUUAUAAAUAAUUUUAUCUGAAAAUCAUUUAGUUGAAGUAGAAAAAAAGAAUAUAAUUUAGUCUGUAAAUAUAGCAAUGAAGUUCGGAAAGUUGCUACUUCACGAUAGGGUUCCAGAGUGGGCAGAGGCAUAUAUAGAGUAUAACACUCUGAAGAAGCUUCUUGCUCCUGCAAAGAUUUUACAGAAGAAGUUUGUGACAGCAAUUUAUAAGGAAGGGAAUUUGGUUUUUCAUAUUACCAACAGAAAGAACUUAAGAGUUGAAGAAGUAGUUUAUUGUAUUCGCACUUUCGAAGAUCUCAUAAAAAGUGAAAUUGUCAAAAUUGAUAAAUUUUUUAUGUAUAAACUGUUAGAUGUGUUGAAGAGGUAUAAAUAUCUGAUGAUAAAUUCCUCUUUUGUUGGGAAAUCACUACAUAAUUAGCAGAGAGUAAAGAACGAAUAGAGAUUAAAAUAUUCCUUCAAAAUUUAUUAUAAGGAGCUAAAUAUGCUAAAAGAUUACAUUAAGUUAAAUGAAAUGGGACUCCAAAAAAUUUUAAAAAAGUAUUCCAAAGUUGUAAAGUCGCUAACUUAAACAGAGCAUCAAGAUUUUAAUCUUGCAAAAAGGGUUAACUCAGGUCAGUAUAAUACUUAUCUAGCUAGAAAUAAGGACAAGCUCAUGGAUAUAAUUAAAAAAACAGAAGAAAAUUACAUAAACUUAUUUUAUCCAGACAUUUCACAAUAGAAAAUGGGCAGAGUUGACUUCAGACUAUAUACAACUCCUAAACCUCUUUCUCCAAAUUAAAUUCUUUUCUAUGGCGUUUUUUGUGGAAUUUCACUCAUAUUACUUUUAUUUAUAGUUCUUAAGUUCGUUUAAGUUUAUAGUGAAAACCCUUCAGCAGUGCAAAAGACACGACUGAGCACUAUCUUCCCUCUAUUUAGAGGAAAUGGUUUGUUUAUAACUAACAUUUGGUUGAUUGCCUGGAAUGUUCAUGGUUGGUAAAACAACCAUAUUAACUACAAGUUAAUAUUUAAAUUUAAUCAUCAUUUUAGUUAGAUGUAUUAAAUUCUUAAGAGAGCCUCUUUCUUUACUUUCUUCUAUUUUGUUUGCUUUGUUUGGUAUAUAUUUUUGAAUACUCCUCAUUAAGAUGUAGCAAGCUCUGGAGGUGGUGUUGAUUUAUAUUUUCUGAUUGAUUGGAUAGACAUGGAACUUCUUCCACUUAUUGGCUGGCUUAUGCUUUUUGGAUAUUAUUUCUUUCCAUUCUUUAAUGUUUCGUUUUUUAACCCUCAAGGUAGAUUGUAUUUCUUCCGUCUCCUUGCUGAUUGUCUUAAAUCUCCGUUUGUUAAAAUGGAGUUUAGAAUCUCUUGGAUGACAGAUAUGCUCGUUUCUUUAGCAGGUCCAUUGAAGGACUUGGGAAUUACAAUUUGCUUCUACUUAAGUAAAUUUCAUAUCAUAUCCGAUUAGUGUUCAAAUAGCAGCGUAAUGCCAUUUUUACUGAAUAUUAUACCAACACUAUAUAGAAUGCUUUAAUGUAUUAGAUAGGGAUAUGACAAUAAGAAAUUUUGGAGAACUUGGCCUUUCUAUAACUGCAUUAAAUAUAUUUUUUCUUUGUUGACUUCAAUAUUAUCUUACUAAUAUACUGUUAAUAGUGAGAAAAAAUACUUAAUAUCUUGGUUGUUGGUAGGAUCUUUUAGUACUUUAAUUUCUUUUUAUUGGGAUAUUUCUUAAGAUUGGGGAUUAUUGAAAAUAGGCAAGACUUGGAAAGAAACACGUUUACUUGGAAGAUAGCUUUAUUACAGCAACUAAAAUAUAUAUCUUUUUGCGAUUUUUUCCAAUCUCAUUCUCAGAAUAGUAUGGGCAAUGAAUAUUUCUUUGGGAUUAACAGCAAUAAUAGACAAUGCCAUAAAUAUUCCAGGCAUGUUCACUUUUAUUGUAUAUUUCCUUGAACUUUAUAGGAGAUGUUAGUGGAAUUUUUUCCGUGUUGAGCUAGAGCAUAUUAACAAUUGCAAUAAAUACAAAGCUGUUGUUGACUUAGAAUUACCAAUUCAAGUCGAUACUUCUUCAGUCACUCGUAUAAAUCCUAUAUAAAAUAAUUAUGCAACAACUCUCCUAACUGAAAAUGCUGGGCUAAGAGGAACAAAUAGUAAUUUACCAGAAAUGGAUGUAGAAUCAAAUAAUAUAAAGAUUCAAAAUAAUGAACUCCUCUCUCCAAAAGAUAAUGAAUACAUCGUAUCUGAGUAAUUAUCUCCUAUCCAUAUACUAAAACAUAAGGAUAAUUAAAUGAUAGAAUCAAAUGGAUUUAAUCAAUAAUUCACUGAUGCUUACAACAGAAAUAACUUGCUUUCUAUAAAUGUUGGAACAAUAGAUCAGAUGAAGCUAUCUAGCGUAGGAGCAAUGAAUGAAAUAAAACUUAAUAUUUUGGGAGAUGGGGCUAAUAUUUAAGAAAGCAAAAGAUUAAAAAGGAAAAAUUUAGAGGAUGAAGAUAUUAAAAAAAUUGAAUCAAAUAGUACAAAAAGGAAGGAAGAUAAAAAUGAUACAUUUAUAAAUUAAUUUAAAAGAGAGGAAAUAAAAAUUUAGGCUGCCUUAAAAUAAUUUUAAGAUCAACUAUAAUUAGGAGUGUCCUCUAAGUAAAUAAAACAAGCCUUGAAAGUCUUGAAAAGUAUAAAGCCAUUCCUCAAGCAUGAAUAAUUAAAUUAGGUCUAAAUUUAAAGCGAGAUGCUAAAUUAUGUUGAUGAAGAAUCAAUCCGUUUACAAAUCUGA